AUGGCUGCUUCGGCUACCCAACCCGUCUCCAAGUCGGCCAAGAAGAAGGCCGCAAAGGCCCAGGUCCGCACCGAGUCCCCGACUCCCAGCGCCGAGUCUGGCCCCGCCGACAAGGCAGCUGAGGCUCAGGACGAGACCUUCGAGAGCCCCUACAUCAAGGAGCUGCAGAAGAACAUCCGCAACACGGCCAAGAAGCUGGCCAACGCCUCCAAGACGGAUUCCCUGCUCAGCCAGCACGCUGGCAAGUCUCUCGAUGAGCUCGUCGCCGAGAAGAUCCUCAACAAUGACCAGAGAGCCCAAAUUCUGAAGAAGCCUGCCCUCCAGGCUGCGCUGGCCCAGUACGAGGAGCAGCUCGCUCAGUUCCAGAAAGUCCACGAGCAGUACCAGGCGCGGGCGGCGGCCGACAAGGCUGAAUUCGCCAAGUCGCUCGAGAAGGCCAAGGAGGAGGCAGUCAAUGAGCUCAAGGCUAGCGUUGAAAGCACCCUGAACGCCAACCUUCUGGUUCUGUCGCAGUUCCUGCGUCUGGCGGCCUACCGUCGAGAGGAAGCUCAGGAUCCCGAGUCUGACGAGAGCCAGGCCAUCGAGGGUGUCCUGCUUGCCAUUUACUCUGGUGAUGAGAAUGCCGUCGCUGCCAUGAAGAAGCUGAUUGAGGGAUCUGAUGAGCAAAUCUUCAGCGUCCCUGGAGAGCAGCUUCAAACAACUUAUGCCGCCGUCAAGACGCUGGCACAAACCUACAAUGCGCCAUCCUACACCGAAGGCACUGCCGCCACGACCGAGGGACAGCCCGCCGCCGAGGUUGUCUCUGAUCCUACCAUCGCGAACGAGGCCGCGACUGAGAUCGCAGCUGGAGAUGGCCCCCUCACCAACGGCCAUGAGCAUGUGGCAGCCGAACCUGCUUCCAACGGUCUCGCUAAUACCGACGUUGCGGAUGAUGCAGCGAACGCAGUUGCUGAGAGCCACUGGGAUACCAGCAACCACGACAACUCCAUUUCGCAGGAGUGGGUUGACGUUCAGAAGCCUGUUGAGUCAACCGAGGGUAGUGCGGAACCUACUGCGGAGGUUUCUGCGGAGCCUCCUGCCGAGGCCAAGAAGCAAUCGUGGGCUGACGACCACCCCGACCCUGUCACCGAGGUACGUGUCUCGUAA